UACAGUGAGACAUGACAUUUGGUUCCGUAUUUCCAAAGGGUUUUAGUUUUAGGCAUUUGUUGUCGCUGUUUGAGUUGGGUUGUUGAGUUUAAUUUCAAGUGUACCACCUCUUCUAUAUUAAUACCUUAACCCACCACCUCUUCACCAAAUCUCGUUCAUUGAAGCCUGCUUUCCCAGAAAUCGAUUGCUCGAGGUCGAGGUUGAAGCAGGACACUCGAACGAAACCUCGAUUCAUAAAUCGCUACGAUCUGUGCUUUUCUCUCUAACACCCGCAUUUCGAAGAUGGGAAGCAUGGCGGCUCAGCUUCAGCUUCGUUGCUCUAAUAAUCCUAGACAAUAUCGCUGCAACAACAACGUUAGCGAUAAUCGAUUCAACGCUGCCCCACCUGCUUCAAUUUCGUUUCCAUGUUCUUCUUCAUCAUCAUCAUCAUCAUCAUCAGCAUCAUCAUCGCUCAACAACAAUCAAAAGCGCUCUAUAAAAUUAAUCCCCAACAAGUUAUUGCCUUUUGCCGGCGGAGGCAGCGACGGCGGAGCUGGGAUCGGACGUGGCGGCGGUAAUGGAGGCUGGAGUGGAGGAGCAGGAGGAGAUGGGAAUGAUUUUGGUAAUGAUUCUUCUAAGUCUUCUGGGAAAGAAUUUGGGCUUUUGGGUUUGUUUUUGAAUGGAUGGAGAUCGAGGGUUGCUGCAGAUCCACAAUUUGCUUUCAAGGUUCUAAUGGAAGAGUUGGUGGGUGUCUCUGCUUGUGUUAUUGGAGACAUGGCUUCUCGACCCAACUUUGGUCUUAACGAGCUCGACUUUGUGUUCUCAACUCUUGUUGUUGGAUCCAUUCUUAACUUCACUCUUAUGUAUCUAUUGGCACCAACGUUGUCUGCUUCAUCGGCUUCUCUGCCUGCAAUCUUUGCUAGCUGUCCCGCCAGUCAUAUGUUCGAACCCGGUGCUUAUUCCCUUCUCAAUCGAUGUGGGACUUUUGUGUACAAAGGAGCUGUCUUUGCUGCUGUUGGUUUUGCUGCUGGGAUUGUAGGGACUGCACUUUCAAAUGGGUUAAUCAGUUUGAGGAAGAAGAUGGAUCCCAAUUUUGAGACCCCCAAUAAGGCUCCUCCAACACUGUUGAAUGCGCUCACUUGGGCUCUUCACAUGGGGAUUAAUAGUAAUUUCAGGUACCAGACUUUGAAUGGGAUUGAGUUCUUGUUGGCUAAGGGGUUGCCUCCGUUUGCGUUUAAGUCCUCGGUGGUGGUUCUGAGAUGCUUGAACAAUGUUCUUGGUGGGAUGUCCUUUGUGAUAUUGGCUAGGAUUACGGGGUCUCAGAGUGCUGAGGAAGCUAAACCAGUUGCGGUGGAGGUGGGUUCGGUUGCAGAGAAGGAGAAGUUGAUUGAUGGGAGUGAGGAUUUGCAGAGCAAUCAGUCGACUUACAAGUGAAGUUUUAGUUUGGUUUGGAGGUUCAUCCUCCAUUUUUUUGGCUCUAUUUGUUAGUGAUGUUUCUGCAAUUUUCUCAUCUGUUUUCAUAUGUCCAUAACUUGGUUGGGUUGUGGCCGUUCAUUAUGAUCAUGGUCAUAGUUUAGCUCUAAUAAAAAUCAAACUCCUACUUAGUUCUGGGUUUUUUUCAUGGAGAUGGUACCUGGUAGCCCCAACUCAAUGAGUUGCCUGGCUCUAAUCGAAUCGAAAUGUUUUAUGUUUUGACUUUCUUGUUAA